CGUCACAUCGGCCAAUUUACCAAACACAUUCGCUCUCAAAACUACAAUCAACCCCCAAUAUACCCCCUUUUACCGGGUAAGCUGACGUGUUCCAUACCGCCGUCGUUACAUACGCCACCAGGUCACGUGACCACCUCCAACCCAUCAAAACACAGCGAAUAAUCGAAUCAUCCAGAACAAACUGACGUGGUGAACUACGCAUAUUAAACUAACAUUUUGUAUUUUAUCUAGUAUUCGUGUUGUUUGAAGUGCGAUCGCUAGUGUUUUAUUUCGAUCGACUGUCCGUAGAAACCAAAAUCCAACAUGACGGUCUCAGUCCAGUCGUUUCUAAAUUCAUUCAGCAAUAAUCUUGAGGAACCAGUCCGCAAUCAUCUGAAAAAUGUGUACGCCUGUCUCGCGAUGUCAACAAUGGCGGCCGCCAUCGGAGCCUCAAUCCACCUAUUCACAGACAUCCUGCAGGCGGGAUUCCUUACGGGAAUUGGAUCGCUCGUGUUCUUCGUCCUAUUGAUGAUGACACCCGACGACAACGGAAAAAAUAUGACGCAACGCGUCGGCUACCUCCUUGGCUUCACCACCUUGAGCGGGGUCGGAAUGGGGCCCUUGCUGGAGCAUGUCAUACUAGUAGAUCCCAGUAUAAUCGUCACCGCAUUGAUCGGCACCUCCGUUGUAUUCGUGUCCUUUUCAAUCUGCUCCAUGCUGAGCCAGAGGGGCUCAUGGUUGUACCUGGGUGGCAGCCUGAUGAGCUUGUUGAUGAUGGUCAGCCUUUUCUCGCUUGCUAAUAUUUUCUUUGGAUCUACCAUGUUGUUCCAAGCGCAAAUCUACUUGGGAUUGUUGGCGAUGUGCGGAUUUGUUUUGUAUGACACCCAGAUGAUCAUCGAGAAACGUAGGAAUGGAAGCAAAGACUUUGUGUCACACUCAUUGGACCUGUUUAUCGACUUUAUUGGAAUCUUUAAGAGGUUGCUCAUUAUCCUCACACAGAAGGUAAUCGAAGAUAGGAACAGGAAUCGCAGAAGAAACGCAAAUAAUGAGGACUGAGAGUGAAUGUAAUGUUAUACUUUUAUAUACUUUGAAAUUUGAUUAAAUUCGUAAAAAGUG